GAGUCGGCAGUUGUUUUUACACAUCUCUCGCGUUUAGUUGGCAAAUUUUAAAAUAAGUGAAUUAAUACAAGGAACGCUGACUUGCGGGAAUAUAUACAUAAGUUUUCUAUUAUUACAUUGCUUACAUUUUAAUACAUUGUGAAAAUUUAAAGAUAUAAAAAUAAUAUAGUGUGGUCUAUCAAGGGAUAUCGCACCUAUUUAAGUAGAGAAUAAAAAUUGUACAUAAAACCAAGGUCAUUGAAUAGGAUACGAAAUUGAAAGCAAGGUUCCGCUAAAACAGUGCAAAUAAAGGAACGUCAAAGAAAUUUAUGUUUGAGCCAAAUUUUUGCAAAGACCGCUAAAAUCCUAGAAACAAUACGAAUUACGAAAUUCCAUUGCAUAAAAUAGUGAAGUAAAAUAAAUAAAUUUGAUAACGCAGAUCGUAAUUGCUGCGGUGUACGUGUGUGUGCGGUUAUUAAUUUAGACUGUUUGGAAUUUUUACAAAAAUUCCACGUGAAUGUCUUCACAAUCGUCGGCUCGUUAUUUACCAAUAAGCAAAAUGGACAAUCCCGCUUUGUCUGGGUCCAGUGGUGAUGUGGAGGCCGAUAGUAAUUCUGUGGAAGCUAGUCUACCCGCCACCUGUUCGUCGCAGCAAUUAAUGCCUCCAAAUUCAGACACGGAUAGCGUUGUUGUUCAACCGCCAACUACCGGCAUCACGAGAACACAAUGGUUCACAGUGGUGGUGUUGUGCUUUGUGAAUUUAAUCAACUAUAUGGAUCGCUUUACUAUAGCAGGUGUUUUAACAGAUAUUCAAGCAGAUUUUAAAAUUGGUGACGAUGAUGGCGGUCUGCUGCAGACGGCUUUUGUGCUCUCAUAUAUGGUUUGUGCGCCACUUUUCGGUUAUCUCGGCGAUCGUUAUUCGCGUCGUUGGAUUAUGGCAAUCGGUGUUCUGUUAUGGUCGACAACAACGUUGCUUGGCUCAUUUAUGGGCGGCUUCGGUGGUUUCAUCACAUUCCGCGCGUUAGUGGGUAUCGGCGAAGCCUCGUAUAGUACCAUAGCGCCCACGAUUAUCUCCGAUUUGUUCAUACACGAUUUGCGUUCGAAAAUGUUGGCGUUAUUCUAUUUCGCGAUUCCUGUUGGUUCAGGAUUUGGUUAUAUUGUCGGCUCGGAGACUGCCCGCUUGGCCAAUAACUGGCGUUGGGCGCUGCGUGUUACACCCAUCCUGGGCAUUGUGGCCGUUGUGCUGAUUAUAUUGAUCAAAGAGCCAGAGCGUGGCGAGAGCGAAGGCUCACCACAUUUGGAACCCACCAGCUACACAGAGGAUAUUAAGGAUUUGGUGAAGAAUCAUUCGUUUAUGCUUUCGACAGCUGGUUUCACUUGCGUUGCCUUCGUAACCGGUGCGCUCGCCUGGUGGGGACCUAAAUUCAUUUACCUAGGCAUCAAAAUGCAGCCAGGCAACGAGGAGCUGUCGCUGAAUGACGUUUCGUUACGUUUUGGCGUUAUUACAAUGGUAGCUGGUCUAAUUGGCGUGCCGCUCGGUCCAAUAGUGUCACGUGCGGUUGCCAGUUACAAGAACAACGCCGAUCCCUUGGUAUGCGCCUAUGGAUUAUUCUUUAGCUCAUUUUUCCUUGCUGCCGCGAUGCUGUUUGUCACAAAAUACGUCGUUAUGUCGUAUAUUUUAAUGUUCAUCGGUCAAUUAUUUUUGAAUCUAAAUUGGGCACUAGUGGCUGAUAUUUUACUGUAUGUUGUCGUGCCGACACGUCGUUCCACCGCCGAAGCCUUCCAAAUUCUGGUCUCGCAUGCAUUAGGUGAUGCUGGCAGUCCCUACUUCGUUGGCUUGCUCUCUGAAGGAAUCAAGCGACAUUUGCGAUCCACUAGCACUCAAACUAGUGAAUUCAGUUUGGGUAUACCUAGCAUGUCACUGACUUUGGAAGACAGUAGUCAAAAUAUUACCGGUACCUUAUUGUCGAGUAACGCCACGGCAGAAAGCUCAAAUCUCUUAACGCAGGUCGCCAGCGUGGUGAGUGAAAAUGUCACAGCGCUGGUAGCGAAUGCCACAAGCUUAUUACAGCAAAAUGCCACCGAUUUCGUCAGUGAAUUACGUGACGAGAAAAUAUUCGAAAUCGACUUGGAGGAUACCGAUAUCAACAGUUUCAAAGCGCUGCAAUAUUCACUCUUUUCCACAAGUUUUAUUGAAGUUUUGGGUGCCGUUUUCUUCUUUUUAACUGCCAUCUACAUAUUGAAGGAUAAACGUCGAGCGACGCGUUCCACACUUGGCAGUCAAGCAGCUGAGCAGUGAAGUGCACUUCCAUUAAAUUAUGCUAAUGAAUAAUUGAUAUGCCAGUCAACCGAUCAGCCAGCCUAUCAACCCACAAGCAAUCGACAUAUAACAACCACAUAACCCGCCUAAGCGGCCGAUGUGUUGCGCAGAAGGCAAACAUACAUACAUAUGACUGAAAUAUUAGUUUUAACUAAUUAUUUUGUAGUAGUAAUGAUUAUCAUAGAAUCAUGUGUGCCUCAAGAAGUGGGUGUGUUCCUAUUAGAAACGUGUAAAUGGAUUAUAAUGCAAACAUCUAAUCAUUCAACAUUAAACAUACAUAUUGACAUGCAUGUAUAUACAACAAAUAAACAUUGAUCAUUCUCAUUUAGCAAACACCAUUCAUAGUUAAGAUAAUUCCUAUUGUGUAUUUAUUUGUAUUAUGAUUUUGAUAUUGUCAAAAUGUAUAAGUUUGUUAAAUGCGCCACAUAAAAGCAUAACUCAUAUCACAUAUACAUAUGUAAGUGUGUGCAUGUUCAGUGGGUGCAUGGGCAUAGAUGAGUGCUGCGCGGUUAUGAGUGUGGAAAUUGCAUAUGCUUGUGUAUGUGGUCGAAAGCUCAGUGAUAGAAAUCAUAAGAAUUACAAUAACAAAAAGUAAACACCAAUUUUUUUGUGCAAAUACAAACUGUAAAUUUUGCUGAAUAGUAUUUAGUAAUUUUAAUUUUUUGUUUAUUACAAUUUUUUACUCACGAAACCACUCAUUGCCCUGUGCGGUGCACAUGCUAAUUUAACCGCUAACUCAACAUUUUAAAAAGUUUAAUAUUUAUGACAUGCAUACAUAUGUAUGUACAUACAUAUAUAUACAUAUGUAUAUGUACAUAUGUAUAUGUUAUUAUUUUUUUAAUUUUUAAAUAUGUCUACGCAGACAGCAAGCAUUGUAUAAAGAGGAGUAUAGGUACUAAAUGCACAUUAGGUAUAUAAAUUAGUUAGCAUUACAAUAAUUAGAUAAAAACUAAUUUCUAAAUAAACUAGUGGAAUAAGCAGUGAAGUAAGCAGCGGGUGUGCAUUACAACAAUUUCUCUAGUAUUUUUACUCUAACUGAAAACUUCCAACUUAUCUGAAAACAAAAUUGUAUAUGAAAAGCUAAAAUUCUUUCGAAAAUUUUUAAUUCCAAAAAAACUGAAAAGUUAUGUCUCAUUUAUUGUAUGUUAACUGCCUUUUCCAACUAUUUUGCUUAAAUGACUUACUUUGCCUGCCGUUUAUAAAUUGUUGUAUAUAUAUGCAUACCCCUUCGCUACCGUAAUGAAUCUGUUAGUUUUACCAAAUUUCGCAAUGGAGCAGAAUUCAUGAAAUAAGACUGUUUUAGGAUUUGUUAUAUAUACAUUAUAUAUAAAUUUAAAAUAACUUGAUUACAAAUAUAUUGUAUUGAAUUAAGCUUGUACGCAUACUAAGUAAAUACAUAAAUAUUCUUAUACAUAUUAAGUAUUUAUGUAUGUAUAGCAUAAUUUUUGGGUUUAUUGAAUGCUUAUAAAGAAUA